AUGUCCAGUGCGCAAUUGAGAAUUGCUGAGACCAUUGGUCAUUUUUACGAAGAUUCAACCGAUAAAUCAUUGGUUGGAAAUAAAUAUAAAGAUGCUAUAGUUAAAUUAGAUGAAAAUUGUCGAAGGUUCCUGGAUGAACCUUAUCGACAAACUGUUACCGAACCUAUUUUACGCUUUUGUACUUAUUUCCCGGGCAUUAACGAGACUAUUAAAAGACGAGAUAAUAAACUUUUAGAUUACGAUAGACAGCGCGCGAAAGUUCGUAAAUUGGUGGAUAAACCAUCGGAUGAUCCAAACAAAUUACCAAGAGCUGAACAAGCAGCCAACGAAGCAAAUGAAUUAUAUGAAACACUCAAUAGUCAGCUUUGCAAAGAGUUACCUAAUUUAAUAGAUCUUCGAGUUCCUUAUAUAGAUCCCACAUUUGAGGCUUUUGUUAAAAUUCAAUUGAAAUUCUGUCAAGAAAGUUAUGAUAAUUUAAAUAGGUUGCAAGAAGACUUUCCUCCUAGCAAUGAGAGACAAGUUGAUGCUAAGGUUGAGGCUGUUUUACAACAAAUGCGUGAUUUAGCUAUUUGUGGAAUGGGUUAA